AUGGAGUUGAGCACGGUGAAGGUGAUUCUUGUGCUUGCGUUGCGUUGGGGAGUACCGGCGAGACACGGGGGUAUUCCCAACGCGUACGUGAAGGCUGAUAAAGAAGAGCACUUGGAUAUCUACUUGGCGAUUCCGCAGGGGAUGAAGAUUUAA